AUGGCCUCAAAGAGUCAUCUACCUAUCGUUGAGUCCGAGGAUAGCCCUACAUCGGUUAUCCCACAAUCAAAGUCAGUAACUGCUGAGGAGAAUAGAAGGCUAAAAUGCCGCAUGCUAGAAAUGCAGGAUGCAUGGUCCAAUGGCAGGGAGCCACCCAGUACUAUCCCUGGCUUCCCCGAGUUAAUCCCGAGGACAGGAGGAACUACCAAUGUCUCGAUCUCAGUACCCAACCCAUUCAUGCCAUUCGGGUUCCCCACCAUGAUAACAAACUUCACUGGAAUGCCUUCUGAGGUUCGGCCCCAGGCACCAUCUUCAGGAAUGCCAUCUACUAUGUUCACUGCACCACCAUCCGCUAGCAUGGCACAGCCAACUUUGCCUCGGCAAAGCUUUGAACCAUCAACCUUCACUUUCCAAGCUCGCCAGUUCCAAUUGGACGUCGAUCGGACACCAAAGAUUGAAAGAUAUGACGGGCAUGGAGACCCGAUUGCCCACUUGAAGAGAUACUAUAACCAGCUGAGAGGACCCGAUGGAAAAGAGGAGUUGUUAUUGGCCUACUUUGGAGAAAGCCUCACCGGAAUUGCUUCUGAAUGGUAUAUAGACCAAGACAUCUCCCGUUGGCACAUAUGGGAUGACCUAGCCCAAGAUUUUGUAAGACAGUUCCAAUACAAUGUGGACAUAGCUCCAGACAGAAAUUCUUUAUCCAACCUCAAAAAGAAGGCAUCAGAAAGCUUUCGAGAAUACUCUAUCAAAUGGCGUGAACAAGCGGCCAGGGUAAAACCCCUGAUGGAUGAAGCCGAGAUGGUCAGUGUCUUCUUACUGGCCCAAGAGGCCGAUUAUUUUCAAAAUAUGAUGUCUGCAAUGGGCAAACCAUUCGCGGAGGCCAUCAAGAUUGGUGAAAUGGUAGAAAACGGCUUGAAAACAGGCCGCAUUUUAAGUCAAUCAGCUCAAAGAGCCACUUCCCAAGCCAUUCAGAGCGGCUCGGAAGGUUUAGCCAGCCGGAAAAAGAAAGAAGAGGGAGCCAUAAUGGCUUCAUGCUUAAGAAGUUCUCGACGGUCCCGGGAUUAUUCUGUCCAACCUUCCAGGGCCCCGCAAUAUUAUUACCCUCACCAGGACGCAGCCUAUGCUAUGGCCCCUCAUCCUUAUGUAGUAAUGAAUGCUCAACCAUAUACUCGGCCACAUCAACAUUACAAUAAGAAAAAAGCUCCACUUUCAAGAAAUAACCCUCCUCACUAA